AUGGAAUCUAUUAAGAAUUUGCAAAACUUUGAAUUAAUUGACAGAGAUUAUGUCGUUGUGACUGCUUAAAAUCAUCUCCUAGAACCAAUAAAGUGCGGAUGCUGCUUGAUGGACUACGUCUAAGGAGAUUAUCAAAAGAAUCUGGAAAACUUUGAUAACUGCAUGAUGAUUUAUAACAAGAAAAUGAAUCAUAUUCACAUCUAGUGCGGGUCUAAGUUCAACUAUUCUGGAGUAAACCUUGACUAUAAAACUUAAUUUUUCAAAAACGGUGAUACUAAGUUAUAUGAAUUAAGACUUGAGCACUCUGAUACAUGUCCAAACAGAAUUUAUCGUAGGAUCUGCUAGGAUUAAGAGAUGCCUAUUAUUUCAACUGAUAAAAAUAUAAAGCUUGCAGUGUGCAUGGCUUUAUUUGAUUCAGAGAGAAAUUUACUGCUUACAAGAAGAAAUAGUAAUCUAAGAGUAUUCCCACAUGCCUGGGUAAUGCCUGGUGGUCAUAUAGAUCUUGGUGAAUCCUUAGAGGAAGGUGUUGUAAGAGAGCUAAAAGAGGAAACAGGAAUAUAAAUUGACUCUAUGACAAUGAAGAAUGGAUCGAUGGUCUUUUUCCACAAUACUUAGGAACUAUAAAUCGAACCCUUUUAUGCAUUUGAAAGUGUCUCAUCAUUUUCAAUUGAUCAUAAAAAUCCACCCAAAGGGGGGCACCUCAUAGUAUUUUUUAGAGUGCAGCUAAACUAAAAGCACUCUGAGAUUAAAUUAAAACUUUAGACUGAAGAGGUAGACGGAGCAGUUUGGGUCGACAAAAGUCAUAUUCAAAGAUUCCUUAAUAAAUAAGAUGGAGAUUUUCAAAUAAAAGGCAUUGUUCCCCUUGACUCAAAUGGUAGGAACUAAUCGAAGAUGUUUAAUCUUUCAUAACUGUUUCCAAACUACCCUAAUUAAGACCGAGAAGGUAUCAGCAAGGCUCAUAACAUGGCUAUUAAAUACAUGCUUCAAAAAUAACUACAGCAAAUAAGUAAGCUGUGA